CUUUCCCUCAUGCCGGAUGCAGUAGGGUGACGUCAUCAGACAGCGACCCUCUUCCCUUGUGUAUGCUUUGCGCGGGUCGCGUGCUGUUUUGAAAUCGACAGAGACCAUCCGGCUCCGCCGCCCAGCACUAUGCCCAGCGGAGUCCCUGGCGCUCCGACAGCUGCCGCCGCCAUGCAGGAGACUCUAGAGGGGGCAGGGAGGAUCAUAGACCGGCUGCUACAGGAGGAUAGAGCCUACCCGGACCUCUCCGAUCUCCUUAACGUGCCCGUCCAAAAUUGUCCAACAGUGUCAGGCAUAUCUGAAAUGGACUAUCCUCUACAGGGACCCGGCAUGCUAACCAUCCCCAGCCUGCCGGAGCUCAGCGCAGUUCAUAGAGUUCCCCUUCCCCCGGAGCUGGUGGAACAGUUUGGGCACAUGCAAUGUAACUGUAUGAUGGGAGUAUUUCCGGAAAUCAGCAGGGCUUGGCUCACCAUCGACAGUGAUAUCUUCAUGUGGAAUUAUGAGGAUGGCGGGGAUGUGGCUUAUUUUGAUGGACUCAGUGAAACUAUCCUGGCUGUUGGCCUUGUGAGACCUAAAGAAGGAAUUUUCCAGCCUCACAUUCGGUAUCUGCUGGUUGUCGCCACACCUGUCGACAUUGUUAUUCUGGGUUUGAGUUUUGCCAAUAUGCAAGCAGGAGGAGACCUGAAUGACAGCAUGUCUGUAGGAAUGCAGCUCCUGCCAGAUCCACUCUAUUCCAUCCCGACGGACAACACCUACCUACUGUCCAUAACGUCUACCAAAAACGGACGCAUCUUCUUGUCUGGAAAAGAUGGCUGCCUGUAUGAGGUGGCUUAUCAGUGUCUGGGACAGGAAGUUAAGUAA